CAUGGGUGAGGUCCUUCAGCGGCCUCCCGGCGACGCUGGCAGGGGCGCUCCGGUACCAAGAUGGCGGCGGGCGCUGAGUUAACAGCCCUGGGGCGCUGCUGGUUCUGGUUGCUAGUGGGGCUGCAGGCGGCAAGUGUAUACGGAGCACAGUUGUCAUCAGAAGCUUGCAGAGAGCUGGGCUUCUCCAGUAACUUGCUGUGCAGUUCUUGCAAUCUUCUUGGCCAGUUCAAUCUGAACCAGUUGGAUCCAUUCUGCAGGCAGUGUUGCCAAGAAGAAGCUCAGUUGGAAACCAGAAAGCUUUAUGCAGGAGCUGUCUUAGAGGUAUGUGGAUGAAAAUUGGGAAGGUUCCCUCAAGUCCAGGCUUUCGUCAGGAGUGAUAAGCCAAAACUCUUCAGGGGGCUGCAAAUCAAGUAUGUGCGUGGUUCUGAUCCUGUACUAAAGCUCCUGGAUGAGAGUGGGAACAUUGCAGAGGAACUGAGCAUCCUCAAGUGGAAUACAGAUAGCGUGGAAGAAUUUCUAAGUGAAAAAUUACAACGUCUAUAAAUCAUCACUUUCAGUCUUCUUUAAUUUUCAUGUUUUGUCAUGGUAAUCUUCUCAGAUGUUGUGCACUACAACUGAAAAAAAACAUUCCAGCUUCCAUAUUAAAUUUAAAUUGUCUGUUGUGCUGUACUAAGCAUCUUGUAAUUAGAAGGGGAAGCUUCAGCACACAUCUGACAAGUUGACAAACAAAAUAGCUUGUCUUAACAUAGUUCUUAAUGCAUUUUUCAUUAACAAAUGCUUUGUUUCAAAGUUAAUUAUGCAGAUACCAGUUUGUUAUAAUUGGACCUGUUUUUACAAAUGCUCUGAAUUAGAAGAGCUUAAAAUUGAAAUUAUUCCCAAGCUUUUUGUGUGCUGCUGUUGGUAAGAAAGUCAGAACCAAGUACAAUGUACUAUCUCCCAAUGUCCUCUUCUUUUUUGUAUUUGAACUGUCCUCUUUAUAGAAGCAUUGUUUACACCAAGUAUCCAGUUAACAGGUUGUGAAGCUGAUGGAGGAACUCAUGCUCUGGUAGUGUGAAACAUUUAGUAAGGACACCUUAAUGAAGACUACAUAGAAAACCACUGAGGUGUAUGGAAGUCAGAUGUUAUGUGUGCUUUACAUUAAGUGUUUUGCCUCAGAAAACAUGAGUCUUGAAAAACCUUCCCUUCUAGCCUUCACAAAUGUAUUAGAAGUCUGUUUAUCAAAUGAGUUUAUAAACUGUCCUUUUAAAAUGUGUAUUUUUCUUCUUCAGUUGAAAUUUAUGUGAACAGGGAAUAUAGACAGUAUGUAUGGUAUCAAGUCAAAUCCAUUAAGACUUGCGAGGUUUUUCCACAUAAAGUGAAUAAAUAUGGUAAGCAAGCACGU